ACAGCCAUGAGGUCCAUCGUGCUGCUCCUGGCCACCGUCGCCGCCGUGCAUGCUGGAGCACUGGAUAAAGCAGAUCAUGAGGGUGUCAGCAUUUCAAAGCGACACGCCCUCUACGGCUUGGGGCUGACUGAUUCUGCCGCGCAGGCACAGGCCCAGGCACAGGCCGCUGGGCUCGGGGGUGGAUACUAUGGUGGGGGUGGAGCUGCACUGAGCCAGGCACAGGCACAGGCGCAGGCUGCUGGGCUGGGCGGCGGCUACCACGGCAUCUGGAAGCGACACGCCCUCUACGGCUUGGGGUUGGGUGAGUCUGCUGCCCAGGCACAGGCCCAGGCACAGGCCGCUGGGAUCGGGGGUGGAUACUAUGGUGGGGGUGGAGCUGCACUGAGCCAGGCACAGGCACAGGCGCAGGCUGCUGGGCUGGGCGGCGGCUACCACGGCAUCUGGAAGCGACACGCCCUCUACGGCUUGGGGUUGGGUGAGUCUGCUGCCCAGGCACAGGCCCAGGCACAGGCCGCUGGGCUCGGGGGUGGAUACUACGGUGGGGGUGGAGCUGCACUGAGCCAGGCACAGGCACAAGCGCAGGCUGCUGGGUUGGGUGGUGGCUACCAUGGCAUCUGGAAGAGACACGCCCUCUAUGGCUUGGGGUUGGGUGAGUCUGCUGCCCAGGCACAGGCCCAGGCACAGGCUGCCGGGCUCGGGGGUGGAUACUACGGUGGGGGCGGAGCUGCACUCAGCCAGGCACAAGCACAAGCGCAGGCUGCUGGGCUGGGUGGUGGCUACCACGGCAUCUGGAAGCGACAUGCCCCCUAA